AUGACACCCACACAUUUUAGCUUUAGCUCAGCAUUUAUCCUAGGUCUAAUAGGACUGGCAUUUCACCGAACCCAUUUACUAUCAGCACUCCUAUGCUUAGAAGGAAUAAUGCUAUCCCUAUUUAUUGCACUAGCCCUAUGAGCACUACAAUUUGAAUCUACAGGAUUCUCAACAGCCCCUAUGCUACUCCUGGCCUUUUCCGCCUGUGAAGCAAGCACCGGCCUGGCACUACUAGUUGCCACAGUCCGUACUCACGGCACUAACCGACUACAAAGCCUCAACCUUCUACAAUGCUAA